AUGAGCCUCCCCUCCUCCAGCUUGGUGGCGGCGGCGGAGUUCUACAGCGGCAGCGCCUCCCCGGUGUCUCUGGACUCCAGUGUCUUCUUCAGCGAGACGACGGCGUCCUGCAUCAGAGACCCGCUCGACUUCUUCAUCAUCAACGUUGGAGGAAGUCGCUACGUGCUUUCCCAGGAGCUGCUGGCGUCUUACCCGGAGACCCGGCUGGGGAAACUGGCCUGCAGCAGCCGUGACUCGGCCCUGGAGCUCUGCGACGACGCUGACUUCCUGGAGAACGAGUUCUUCUUUGACCGCAACUCGCAGACUUUCCAGUAUGUGAUGAACUACUACCGGACGGGUCACCUGCACGUCAGGGAGGAGCUGUGUGAGAUCUCCUUCCUGCAGGAGAUCGAGUACUGGGGCAUCGACGAGCUUCGUAUCAACCCUUGCUGUCGUGAGCGUUACUACCGGCGCAAGGAGCAGAAGGAGACCCUCGAUGUUCAGAAAGAGUUUGAGGCUGAUGAUGGUGAUGAGGACUUUGUGGGUGCCGCCUGCCCGGCUCUCCGCCGGCGCCUGUGGGACCUUCUGGAGAAACCUGAUUCAUCACGAGCAGCUCGCACCUUCGGCUCGCUGUCGAUCUUCUUCGUGGUGGUGUCGCUUAUCAACAUGGUGCUGAUCUCUCUGGACCUAGGGGAGGACUUUGGUGUGAGUGACGUCGGCGUUGGUGCACCGUUGCUGUUCGACGCCCUGGAGUACGUGUGCGUGGUGUGGUUCACGGGCGAGCUGGCGCUUCGGUUUCUCUGCGUGAGAGAUAAGUGUCGCUUCAGCCGGAGCAUUCCCAACGUGAUCGACCUGCUGGCCAUCCUGCCGUUCUACGUGACGCUGGCGGUGGAGAGCCUCCACGGAGGAACCACCGAGCUGGAGAACAUGGGCCGCGUGGUGCAGGUCCUCCGACUCCUCAGGUCCCUCCGCAUGCUGAAACUGGGACGACACUCGACAGGUCUCAAGUCUCUGGGUAUGACCAUCGCUCAGUGCUACGAGGAAGUCGGUCUCCUCCUCCUCUUCCUCGGCGUCGGCAUCUCCAUCUUUGCCAUGGUGGUCUUCGCCCUGGAGCACGACCUUCCUGCCACCACCUUCACCAGUGUGCCGGCCGCCUGGUGGUGGGCGACCACCUCCAUGACCACGGUUGGCUACGGCGACAUCCGUCCCGACACGACUGUGGGGAAGGUGCUGGCCUUCCUCUGCAUCCUGUCCGGGAUCCUCAUCCUGUCGCUGCCCAUCGCCAUCAUCAACGACCGCUUCUCCGCCUGCUACUUCACCCUGAAGAUGAAGGAGGCGGCGGUGCGGCACGGCGAGAUGCUCAAGAGGCUGGCCCGCGGCUCGGUGGCGGAGACGGGGGAGGGAGGGGUCGGGGGAGGCCCGAACUUACGGGACGCCUACGCCAGGAGCGUCCUGGAGAUGUUGAGGCUGCACGGGCGCGAGAGGGCGAGCACCCGGAGCAGUGGAGGAGAGGAACUGUGGUGGUAG